AUGUACGGAACUGGAGCCAGAACUGGACAUAUUGCGUCUAUUUUAAAGAUUGAUGGUGUUAAAUACGUUGUCGAGUCGACUGAGGAAGGAGUCAGAAGAACUCCAUGGCCAGCAUGGUACACUGCUUCUCAAGUUGAUUCUACCAUUAUUAUUGCAAGAUUAGCUCCAGAAUAUAGAAAACUCUAUAAUGAAUCUGCAGCUGUAGAGUUGUUUAAAACUUUGGAAGGAAAUGAAUAUGGUUUUGUAAAUAUUGCCUAUGCAUGGAUAGAUACUGAAGAAGAUAAUUAUCCACACCCACUCUCUGGAGAUAUGAUUGGUGCCACUUUUGUUCUAUUUAACAAUUGGUAUGCUGGUUCUGCAAUUAAUUUGCUCUUCCUUAAAGGAAUGAAUCAAAGACUCAAACAUUAUUAUGGAAUUAAUGCUAAUUGUACGGAAGUUAUGUGUGUAUUCGAUUAUUUGAACAAAUUGAACAUUACAAUCAAUUAUGCUCUUACAUUACCUGAAAAAGAUGGAUGGCUUUAUGACGGCAAGCCAAUGAUGGUAUGUUCAGUAAUGUAUAUGAAUUUGUUAAAGGCUGCUGGAAUAUUUGGAAAUUUGACUAACCAAUUAGAAAGUGGUGAGUUUACCCCAAAGGAUAUAUACCAAUUGGGAAUAUGGGAUUUGAAUUGGAGACCUGAAAAGUGUAAUGUCAACAAUGAUAAUCUACCUUACUGUCAAGUAGCUGGACCUUGGUAUUGGAAAUUGGACAACUUUUCCACAAUUAAACCUUAUGCCAAAAUGAAUGAACGUUGUGGAGCCGAACCAAUGGACUAUGUCAGACAUCCAGAAUUCUGUUGA